AUGUGUCAAUGUGUUGAUUCCUUUGUCUUCACAUUAUCUAUCUAUCUAUGUCCAGAAAGAUAUAAGUAUAUUCAUAUCUAUCUAUCUAUUUAUCUAUCUAUCAAUAUAUCUAUCUAUCUAUCUAUCUUUUUUCAUUAUCUAUCUAGCAAUCUGUCUGCUUCUAUCUAUCUAUGUCCAGAAAGAUAUCAGUAUAUUCAUUUCUACCUAUCUAUCUAUCUAUCUAUCUAUCUAUCUAUCUAUGUCCAAAGACAUAUAAGUAUAUCCAUAUCUAUCUGUCCAUCUAUCUAUCUGCCUAUUCAUUAUCUAUAUCUUCACAAUCUAUUCAUCUAUGUCCAGAGAGAUAUAAGUAUAUCCAUAUUUAUCUAUCUGUUUAUUAUCUAUCUAGCAAUCUGUCUGUCUUAUUCUUUCUUUCUUUCUUUCUAUCUAUCUAUAUAUAAAUAUGUUCAUUCUAUCUAUCUAUCUAUCUAUCUAUCUAUCUAUCUAUCUGUUCAUUACCUAUCUAGAAAUCUGUCUGUUUCUAUCUAUCUAUGUCCAGAAAGAUAUCAGUAUAUUCAUUUCUAUCUAUCUAUCUAUCUAUCUAUCUAUCUAUCAAUCUGUCUGUCUGUUUCAAUCUAUCUAUCUAUAUCCAGAGAGAUGUAA